UCGUUGGUUGUCUUUGUCCGAUUAGAUCACAUGAUCCGAGUCUGUCCGUGUAUCGUUAGCUUGUUAGGAGCUAGCGGCAAUAGCACCGAGCCUUUGGACUUAACAGUUAACCAGGAAACGAUACGAUCUGACGUUAUCUCGACCUACACCCAGGCGAAGAGCUGAUAAACAUAUACAAGAAUAUAAUUUCUUGUAUUUGUUGAUUUAUUUCUCGUUCACACUGCAGCGACCUGCCCUGAAGUAUACGCUGGUUGAACGUUACUUACGUGGCUGCUCAUAUCAGCAUUAAAGAAACGAGCAUGUGACGAAGGACCAGGGUCUACAGCACAUGAUCUGGAAAAGUGGAGGAGGCCAAAAUCAUCCAGGGGUAAAUAAUUUUAAAGUGGUCGAUUGGGGGUGAAUAGCCAUGACAUCAAAGACAUCCCUGUUGAAAGUCAUUCUGCUGGGUGAUGGUGGUGUGGGAAAAAGCUCCCUAAUGAAUCGUUAUGUUACCAACAAGUUUGACGCACACCUUUUCCACACCAUUGGUGUGGAGUUCCUCAACAAGGAACUGGAGGUAGAUGGCCACCAAGUUACCCUACAGAUCUGGGACACUGCUGGCCAGGAGCGCUUCCGCAGCCUGAGGACUCCUUUCUAUCGUGGUUCUGACUGCUGCUUGCUCACCUUCAGCGUAGACGACAACCAGAGUUUUCUCAACUUAGGUAACUGGAAGAAGGAGUUCAUUUACUAUGCAGAUGUCAAGGAGCCAGAGAAGUUCCCAUUUGUAGUCUUGGGUAACAAACUGGAUGUGACCGAGCGCCAAGUGUCUACUGAGGAGGCUCAGCAAUGGUGCCAGGAGAACGGCGACUACCCCUAUUAUGAGACCAGUGCCAAGGAUGCCACCAACGUAGCAGUGGCCUUUGAGGAAGCAGUGCGUAGGGUGUUGGCAUCGGAUGAAAGAACGGACCACCUCAUCCCCACAGACACAGUGAAGCUCCACAGAAAGCCUCGUUCUGCUACAACUUGCUGUUCAUAAUAUCCAGGAGUUAUCACUAAUGUUAAUUUGCUGUUAUGCUUGUCGUGUGAUGAGGCCGUGGUGCACAAUGCUGUCUUGACAUCUUAUUUAAACCAAUGACGCUACUCGCUGUAUGAUUUGUCAUACUGUUGACGGUUUGAUAAUGCUACUAGUUGGACUUAUGUUUGAAGAGAAAGACGAAAGACUAUAUUGACUCCAGUCUAAUUACAAAUAAAAAUGAACUUACUGAACAUCUCCCUCGGUCUGCCAAGUUCAGAAGUCAGGCUUUGGGGGCUAACAGUAAAUCAAGCUAUAUUAUGUGUUGGCUCCACAACCACCUGUGGAAAAGUAUAUCAUCAUAUGGCAGUAUAUAAAAGUUUUACUUCCCUCUCAAAGUGGCCAAGUAUUCUGUUAAGUGACUGAAAAUAUGUGUGUAGAUGUCAACUACCUUGGGAGUGCAAUUAUCAUAGGGUUUUUUACCCUCACUCCCAAAUGUAAUAAUGCAGAUAGCGACAAACUACGUGUUUAUAUUCUGAAAAUAACUUUAGAAUUAAUUUAUACAGUCCAAUAACCUUAUUUCUGAGAAUUAUCAAGAAGCUAAGGCACUACUUUGUCUACCUAACAAAUCGAGGCUUGUCAUGAUUAUUGCACCUUUAGUUCUUGUUUGUGCACAUUCUGCGCAGUGAAUAGAUUAUGGCUAUGUGCUGGAAACACUGAGGGACAAGAUCCCCAACAGCAGAUGCAUAUCAAAGCAAAAAAUGAUGUGCAUGGCAUAUGCAGUAUUUAAGUUUCUGGAAAUUUUUGUGUUUUUAAAACUAUAUUUCCCUAAAAAUAACUGAAUCAUUAUUUCCUUGAGGAUAGUGUAAUGCAAUAACAGCCUAGAUUGAAUGAACCUUUUUUCUCAUUGGUUUUAUUGUUUUAAAUAAUGGUUUUCAUCUUUAAAGCACUCUAAAUUAGACAUUAUUCAUACUUUAAGUUGAAAGUCUUUCCCCACACUUAAUAUUAUUAAUGCUGAACCGCUCAUUUGCCGUAAUUAUGUCUCAGAUUUCGUUUAUAUUGAAAGGUGUUCUUCUGGUAUGCCAAAUGAUAAAUAAAACCCCUAAGAAUUGUCUCUUAAAGCA